AUGGUGAAAAACAAUCUCUCAAUAUUUCUUGUUACUUUGCUAGCGGUUGCCCUAUGUUCUUCAAACGGAAACCCUACAAUGCGUGGCAGGAAAUACAACGAGGGUUGGUGCGUACCGGAUACAGGAGCAUCCGAACACGACAUGCAAGCGUUUUUAGACUAUGGUUGUAGUCAAUACAACUGCGCUGAAAUCCUGCCAGGUGGUUCGUGUUUCGAACCCGAUCUUUUAAUGGCACAUACAGCUUGGCUCCUCGAUUUGUACUAUCGAAAAGGUGGCGUUUGCAAAGAGGGCCUCGGUUUCAUUACAACUUCCAAUCCUUGUAAGUUAUUGAGAGUUUCUAGUAAUAAAUAUGUGUGA